AUGGGAACCAAGAAAACGACCCAGUCGAUUUACUUGAUUGUCAAAGAAAGGGAGAACGAUGCAAUUGUGCUGGGAGGAACCUCGACCAAAGCGAAUCCUCGGACUGAAAUUGCAGGGAGACUGGAACUGCAGGGAGAAGUUGACUCGAGUCGACAGGACGGGGAAAGGAAUCCGCCAGUCCCGGCCAGCCGCCAGGCACAAUAUUCUCCUGUCAUCGACUCAUCAGAUCGAACCCCUAGUGUGGCUCCUGCAAAAUGGAUCCAUCAGCAGGCGUUCCACAGUUCAGGCGAAAAUCAAGAAGCAAUUGCUCAAUUGCCUAAUUCACUGCGGUGGCGGCGAGGCCAAAAUGGAGUGAUGGAUGCUGAAUGGCCCGAAGAUGAAACACUUGAAGAGGGGGGGACGAUCAGAUCUGGAUUGACGCCCUUACAUGAGCGAAUCAACGGGACUGACGACGGGUGGAGCUAG